CCCCGCCGCGGCGUCGUGCUGCGAGCUCGCUUUCUCUCCCUUGCUCCAAUUGGACGGCUGUUGCCAGGGAAGCAGCAACCGUGACCCAUAACCCGGCGGCGACGUAGGAAGAAGCGGAAACAGUCGGUUGUGCGAGUGGGAUGAAGCUGUUUUUGUGAGGUAUAUUCCAGAUUGGCAAGCAUGGCAAGUAACCCCUCAGUGGCUAUGCUCAGUAAAGUCAUUGAGCAGCAAAUGCUGCAAACAACAGAAAUUGUUGAACAACAUCUAGAUACGGAGAUUGAAAAAUAUGAAAAGAUGGAUGGAGAUGAACUGGAGAAACUCCGAGAAAGAAGACUUGAAUCAAUGAAGAGAGCACAGCAUCAGAAACAGGAAUGGCUUUCAAAGGGCCAUGGUGAAUACAAGGAGAUUCCCAGUGAAAAAGAUUUUUUUCAAGAGGUUAAGGAGAGUAAAAAUGUGGUUUGCCACUUUUAUAGAGAUACCACCUUUAGAUGCAAGAUAGUAGACAAGCACUUGACUAUUCUGGCUAAAAAACACAUUGAAACGAAGUUCAUUAAAUUAAAUGCAGAAAAAGCUCCUUUCCUUUCGGAGAAAUUACGAAUCAAAAUAAUUCCAACAAUGGUCUUGGUGAAAGAUGGGAAAGCAAAAGAUUACAUUGUUGGGUUUGAUGACCUUGGUUGCACAGAUAACUUCACUACAGAGACUUUGGAAUGGAGAUUGGGUUGUGCUGCCAUCAUUAACUACAGUGGAAAUUUGAUGGACCCACCUUUCCAGAUGCAAAAAAAAUGUGGAAGCAUCACAAAGAUGGAGAAAAGGACAAUUAGAGGAAAGAACAAUGAUUCUGAUUCAGAUGAUGAUUAGAUUGUUAAGCAUGUUUCUUGAUCCACAUAGUCUUUUAUUCUUACUCAUUGUUAAAUUUUAAUUUCAGUAAUUAUUAUUACUAAUUUUCAUAGACUAAUAAAAAAGCAAAUAUUAUUGCAAUGCAAAA